GGGUCUGGAAACAGAGCAGGGAGACCUUGAGAACCUCCUGUCUUUCAGCUCACUUCUUUAGACCCCCCAGGAUCAGGCUGAUCUCCCUGCGGACACAGAUCAGGUGGCCUGAAGAGGAAGAGGGGAAAGAGGAGGAGGACAAGGCGGAAAUUGAGGAGGAGCACUGAACCAUAUGUGUUACUCAGAAGGGGAAGUGAGGAAAGGAAAGCUAGAGAGACGGAGACGAUUGCAGAGAUGGCCAGUGAAGUGACCUAUGCCGAUCUAAAGUUUCAGGAUUCCUUCAAGGCCCAGAGGAUCCAGGAGUUUGACAACAUCCAAGAAAUAGAGCACCCUGCCCUGUCUCCUGUGUGGCGCUGCUCUGCACUGGGUCUUCUCAUCCUCUGCCUGCUGCUGCUGAUUGGGCUGGCAUCCUUGGGGAUCCUGUUUUUUCAGGCCAAGAAAACAAAUACAGAGCAGUUGAAUGGACUGGAGAAAAAUCUGUCACUUCAGCUGGAAACCAUUGCCAAUAUCUCCAAGGAGAAAGAAAUGAUCCAGUCCAAUCUAACAGAUGCCCUGCAGGAAAUGGCCACCAAACUCUGCAGAGAACUGAGCAGCAGCAAGCCGAAAAGUCAGAUUUAUCACGCCUGCAAACCAUGUCCGAAGGAUUGGGAUUGGCAUGAGAACAGCUGCUAUAGCUUAGAGAGAAAACAACAAACCUGGGAAGAUAGCAGUAAGGCUUGUAAUAAUCGAAACUCCAGCCUGGUGAAGAUUGACAGCAAGGAAGAGUGGAGCUUCAUAUCAUCCUUUCAAAAUUAUCAAUACAUCUGGGUGGGUUUAUCCCGAAGCCCCUCCAGCUGGCAGUGGAAGUGGGAAGACGGCUCAGCUCUCUCUCCUGACCUGAUUUCAUUUGCCCCUAAGGAUAGGACACUUGGAAAGAUGUGUGCUAUCACCUAUUACAAUGUCUUCCACAGUAGUCUGUGCACAGAUAACCGUUACUACAUCUGUGAGAAGGCAGCUGGUCUUGUGAAGAAAUUUACAGCAGACUGAGCUGGAGAGCAACGAAGGCCUGCAAGAUCUCUGUGGGUGUCUGAAGGCCGAGACACAGGGCAGAUAUGGAAGAGCUGAGGGCCUAGAUGACUCUGUUCUUUCCCAGGUCAAACUGUCACUGCUGUACCUGCUGGUCAGGACUGAGACCCCUCCUGAUUGGAGAUUCCCUGCUGCUCCCCGUAGUCCCUCCAUUCUCCCCAUUCCAGGUCUCACCUUCCAGCCUUCCUGCUCGCUAUUCAUUCAAUAGUAUUUACUGAGCAUUUACUAUGUGCAGAGCACUGUAAAGGGAUGUGUCCAACUCCAGUCUUCCACACCCAAAACGCGAACACACACAUGCACACAUACACACACCCAAAUACCAAAAAACACUCAUAAAUACAAAUAUUCUGAUGCUCCAGGCCUCCCACCUCCCUAAGACACUUUCUCCUAAAGUCACUAGUUCACUUAGGAUCCUGUCCCGUAAGAAGGCUAUUUUCUACAGGGUGUCAAACACCCUCCUGUUGACAUCAUUUGCAGCACAGUCCAUUACAGUAAGAACUUAGGCAAGGAGGGAAGAGCUUGGAAAGGCAUUCAAACCAUUACAAAGUAAUAUUCAGAUGCUCUCAGAAAACAACGAACUGUCGAAAGUGCUGUUCGUCUCGGAAGGUGGAGUUUCCUCAGGCUGAACUAACAAGGAAGGACGGUGGAUGAUGGGACCGCAGGACAUCUACUAUAGGAGGUGGAGCAGGGCUUCAGGGGAUAGGGAAGCCAAAGGCUUAGAAAAUGAAUGACUGCAAGAUGAUGGAUACUAUGGUUUUCCCAAAAUCUGAUUUAUAGUUCCAGUAUGCAGUUUCUGCUCAUGUUGAAAUCUCUCUAACUAGCAAGUACUGGUAGUUGGUUUAUAACCAGAAUUCCAAAGUCCUUAAUACUAGAGGAACCUGUUUCUUUGGACAGACUAGUCUUGCAAGAGAGGAGACUCGGCAUUUGUCCUCCGGCCCCAAAUACAGCGCCUCAACCUUCCGGGAGCAGGACUAGAUGUGGAAUCCAAAUUACUUCCCCAACUAUUAGAGGGAUCGGAUUUAAAGGAUGUUGGAUGGGGCCAGAAACCCCUGGGCACCAGUAGAGAUCACUGGGGGGACCCCAAGUGCCCCCCAGCAAAGGGUUUGAUAAAGUACUGGCCAACCGGAGUGUGGUGCUCCAGCUGGAAGGACUCCCACAAAAAGUGAUCUGUAUGUCACCGACACCAAAACCCACUCUCACUACCUAACACACACACACACACAUAAAAUCACACACAAACCCUCACACUCUUCAUGAAUUAAAAAAGAAGAAAUCCCACUCCUCAGGCCUAGUUAAACAGAAUAAUGUUGACCUGGGUGGACUAGAUUGGCAAUCAGUGAGCCCGACACUAGGCAGACACUGAGAUUCCACUGACCGGUCACAGAGGGCCCGAAUGGGGCCAGAAUCUGAACCUGGGGUUGCAUCGUAUUGUCCAUUCUCUGCCUAGUCCUGGUGGUCACUGCCCAGCUCAACGACCUUGCUGCUGUCCCAGAGUGAGGCACAUCAGAAGCACAGAAAGAACACGACUCCGAAGUCUAGUGUAGGUCAUAGGUCAACAGAGAUAAUCCCACAUGCUAAGGAAAUGACUCCCACCUAGGGGGACCUCACUCAGUGUGAAUAAAAAUAUCUGUUGUGUUUA